UUAAAUUGCCAAAAUAUUGCCCAGAUUGACUGUAAACUUACAUGGAAAUGAACUGAAUAGAACAUAAAGUAUAGUUUGUAUAAUGAAAAACAUGGAAGAUUGUGUGCCGUUGUAAUCAUUUUAGGAUGAUGUUGGCCUGAGUCCUCCUUGUGUAUCAUCAUCCUAUGAUGAUACAUAAAAGAGCAUCCUACAUACUUACUGUUUUAGUCAAUAGGCUAAUAUUAGAAUUAAAGGCUGCUCCAGGAAUGUUUCAGAGAUAGGAAUGUGUUACUCAUUUCAGACAGGUUAAGAAAGUCCCUUCAUUUCCAACGCAUUGGAAAAUGUAUGUCAGAGGAUAUUUCAAUGGUCUUCACUCUGUUUUUAUAGGGAGGGGUGGGAGGAGUGCCCCUGACUCAGGCCAACGUCCUCAGACACAUUUGCCUCUGAUGUACCCCCCACAAUGACACUGAUCCUAGCCACUAGUAUGACACACUGGUGAUGAAGAAGGUGUUCUACCCAACAUAGAAUGAUGCAGCUUGAUUCAUUCAGUGCUACCAAUUUAACCUGUAACUAAAAUUGAAAAGUACAUUUGUUACUGUUUUCUCUGUUGAACAAGUAUGAUAUCUAUAUUGUUUCUGAAAGAUAAACAAGUCUUACUAUGUACCGGGUUGGGUAGGUUACUUUCUAAAUGUAAUCCGUUACAAUUACUAGUUCCUGGUCCAAAAUUGUAAUCGGUAAUAUAACUUUGGGAUUACCCAACCUCAGUAACAUAAUCAGAUUACUUUUAGAUUACUUUUCCCUUACGAGGCAUUAAAAUAAGACAAAAAGGAUCAUUAUAGUGGUUUCUGACUUGUGCCCAGACACACUCAGAUGGAGCCAACUUAAACUUGCACCUAUUUUGUCAUUUCUGAAAUGAAUGUCAUUGAGAAAACAGAAAGGUGUCAUUUAUUUUUAUUGCAAACAUCCUUUCUAAAUUCAGUAGUAAUCCAAGAAGCAAUAAUCUAGUUUUUCAAAAGUAUCUGUAAUCUGAUUACAAUAUUUUAGCUGGUAAUUUAAUUCAUUACAGUUGCAGUUUUUUUAAUAUUCAGAUUACAUGUGCAUCAGUUACUCCCCAACCCUGAUAUGUAUUUCACUGCCUUUCCGAACAUAUACAUUUUGAUUUCCGUUGGCUUGAGCUUUGACCCGCAUGUGGGAAGCAAGAGGGAAGAAUUUAGUAAAGUGUUUGUCAGUAGCCCCACAAUUUCCAGCGUCUCUCUCAUUAUCGCAGUGUGUCUGCAAAUGUUUACAGAAUCUUCAUUAACUUCAAGCCCUCUAACGAUAACAAAGCCUAAAACAAGACAUCAAUGGUCGAGAUAAGAAUGGCCGUGCUACUAUUUCGGUUGACAUGAGGCUACUGUUUACUCCAGAGCAUGGGAGUGGACCCCCAGAACUAUAGUCCUAGCGUAGAAGAAUCUCAAUUUCAACAGAUUGUCACCCAAAGUCAGUUUUAAAUACAUAGUGGGAACUGGGAAGGUAAAGCGUGUCGAUUGGGAAGGAUCUGAUCUGAAGAUGCAGUGCUCAAGGCGUUUCCUCUUCCAGAUAUGUCUGAGUUUGCUGGUGUCCACGGGCUCCUUUCGGUGCAAACCACUAAACGAUGUCCUCCAAAGUGAAGAUCGUGGGGGCUUCUCUGAGACUUCCGAGCAGGACCUGGUCGAAGAGGAGGACAGGUUACACAGCUUUCUGGGAACCAUGAAGGAAGAGUUUCUGAGGAAACUCAAUUUAUCCGAUGUCCCACGGGAGCACAGCAAGAUAUACCCGCCGCCGUUCAUGAUUGAACUGUACAACAAGUAUGCCUCCGACACGUCCUCGAUGCCUCGUUCUGAUGUCAUUCGCAGCUUCACCGUUCAAGAUGUCAGUCACUCUGAAAAAAAUGGCACCAAGUCAAAACACAGACUUCUGUUCAAUGUAACUGUCCCAAAUCACGAAGAGGUCAACAUGGCAGAACUCAGGCUGUUCACCCUGCUGGAUAAUAGGACAACCUCAACCUCUACCAAUGGGAUUGGGGCUUCCAUAAAGGUCUAUGAAGUGGAGUAUAAAGGAAACAAGGCCAUUGCCCACCUUGUGGAUGGGAAAGAGGUCAUUGGGACCCAUCACUCUUGGGAAACUUUCGAUGUGACCACUGCCAUCCAGAGUUGGGUCAAGUCGGACCGCCGGGCCAGUGAGUUUGAAGUGGUGGUCGACAGGUGGGACUGUGGGCCUUUCAAAGGCGGAGGUUUGGACGUGAGCGUGGGCGUGGGCGUGGGCGUGAGGGAUAACACGGCAGCUGCUUUGAUCGUCUUCUCCGACGACCUGGGGAGCAGGAAGAGAGAGGCCAAGAAGGAGCUGAGGGAGAUGAUAGUUCAUGAGGAAGAGACACUCUUCUCAGGGAGCGACUGGCAAGGGACCGACUACAAUGAGAUCCCCGUGGACCUACACCCCAGGCGGAAGAGGCAGGCGGACACCAACUACUGCCGACGGACCUCCAUGCGAGUCAACUUCAAAGACAUCGGCUGGGACCAGUGGAUCGUAGCGCCCCCUGAGUAUGACGCCUUUGAGUGUAGAGGGGUGUGUUACUACCCCCUGACUGACGACAUGACCCCUUCCAAACACGCCCUCAUCCAGACCCUGGUCAAUCUCAAGAACCCCAAAAAAGCCAACAUGGCAUGUUGCGUUCCCACAAAACUCGACCCCAUCACGGUCAUGUACCAGGAGAAUGGUGUCAUCACUAUACGACACCCGUACGAGGAGAUGAAGGUGGCAAAGUGUGGAUGUAGGUAGUGAGAGGUAACAUCCAUGGGGGUCCCCUUAACCCGUUACUGUAAAUCUGUACAGUUCUGUUGUGAGAUGCAUUUGAGUUAUUUUAUUGAGUAUACAGUAUGUUCAGCAAAUGCACAGUCUGUCUAGAAUAGCAAUAAAGCCUAUGAUACAAUAUUUAUAA